ACUGAUAAUAUGCGACGUCAUUACGUUCCGUAACCAACCGAAGAUUGCCGAUCCUAGCCGAUUGAGCACGUGAAAAUCAUGUGCAUCCCAGCUGACCAAACCAAAUAAACAUUCGCUGUUUCACCGUGGAGAUCGCGAAUACGCGUCAAGACUCAAGAGACGACAAGGCGAGGGUGUCCUGGCAACUACAUUUAUGAGUACGAGAGUAAGUUGCCCAGGAGCUUGACUGUGCACCAGCAGGAACGCUCGUCGUCCGAUGGACGAAGGCAGCCGCAGGCAACCAACUGCAACUCUAGACACCACCGAUGAACAGCCGCGCGGUAGCGGCAACACAACCUGGAUGGAUGCCCUCCUCAUGAAGCUUCGCAAGCGACGCGGCAAGUCCGACUCACCGGAUGAUUCCUCGCGGGAUCCGGACGACCCCUCCGCCGAGCACACGCUUCCCCGCGCCGUCCUCAGAAGCUCCGAGCGCACGCACCUCCCCAAGUGGGGGUCGCUGACCGCCCCACUCAAGACGGGCAGCACCGUUGAGCAGGUGGCGCCGGCGGUCGCGCACGGCGGAAGCGUACGCGCAAAGCGGCUCAUGAAAGAGCUGCGCAACCUGCAGCAGUGGGGCGAGCAGGGCAUCUUCUCCGUCGAGCUGGUCGACGACAGCCUGUACGAGUGGUGCGUGCGCGUGCGCGGCCUCGACCCGGACUCGGCGAUCGCGCGCGACAUGCGCGUGCACGCCGUCGCCAGCAUCCAGCUCGGCCUCACCUUCCCGGAGAACUUCCCGUUCGCGCCGCCCUUCAUGCGUGUCGUCGCGCCGCGCAUCCGCAACGGCUUCGUGCUCGACGAUGGCGCCAUCUGCAUGGAGCUGCUGACGCCGCGCGGCUGGUCGAGCGCGUACACGGUCGAGGCGAUCGUCGUGCAGUUUGCGGCGAGCCUCGCGAAGGGAGACGGCCGCCUCGAGGAGAAGAAGACGCGCAAGCCUUACAGCCGCCGCGCCGCCGAGAGUGCGUUCCGCAGUCUGCUGAAGAUCCACGACAAGUAUGGCUGGGUGACGCCGCCUGCAUCCGACGGCUGAAUAACAGGUGGCGCUACUAGCUUUGGAUAGUUGGCGCUACCGAUUUUGGAUGGGUUAGUGUUGAACAGGGUCGCGCCGGUAGAGGUCACGAGCUGGUGUCCUUCAGCAUGACACCGGUGAUGCCAAAUGCAUCAGAUGGGUGAUAUCGGGAGUGUAAUGACGAUGGAGCGACCAGCAUCAUACGGGUUGGUGUUAGAAAUGUGGCACUACUAGCUGCAAAGCUAGAGGUAAUGAUUAGACAGGUGGCAUUGCUAGCACUGUAUGAGUGGCACUGCUGGUUACGUUGUAAGUGCCACUAGUAGCAUUGUUUGUUGGCGCCAACUACAUGCCGUAAGUACUGCUGGCAGCAUGAAUAGGUGGCAGUGCAACAUCAGCAUUCACAGUUGAAGCAGGCAGCAUUAAAAUAAAUUUUGCCAAUUUUGGAAUUUUUUUACUACUUACAUAUAUAUAUGCACGUAGUGUUCUUGCUACAGUGUAACAAUCUCAUGAGAAUUCGUGUUUAUCAUGUUAGUAAACGAAACAAAAAGGAAUGAGAACAUCUUCUUUUUUUAAUCGUAAUUACCCACUUCCUACUUUUAGGACGUGUUUAUAACAUUAAAGAUUUUAAAUUGAUGGCCGUGGUUUGUGUUUCUGUUUGAUUACAGCAUUUAACAGGUUUCAUUUAAUUAAUCGAUUUUGAGGAAAACUCGGAUGCAAUAGAUGUAGAUAGUGGUAGCCUGGUGCCAUUAUAGUCACUGCCUGCUAUAAUGCGUUAUUAGCUCUUUCUAUUAUUUGUUUGCGACAUCAGGGUUGUGCUAGUUUCUAUCUGUUUGCGAAUCGUACUUUCAGAUUAAAGGGCAUAAAGGCCUGGCGACCAUAGCAAGUGGGCAGAAUUUAGGGCUAACUAUAGAUAAUCUACGGUGCACGUCAUGACAUGCAUUGUUACUAAGUCUAUAUACAAUGUGAUUAAAAUGUGUUUAUGGGCAAUUUCAACAUGUAGGCAACGUGGUAGCAGUCACUUCCUUUUGUUUUCAUCCUCAGGUUCAGUAUUACUUCAGAGAUUUCCAAAGGUUUGGUCGUUUGGUCAGUGCAAUCGGAAUGAAAACUAUUUAUGACCUUGUAAGCUUUGCGUGCAGGAACAUAUUAUCUUUCCUGAGUACCCUAUAAAGCUAUGAUAGACUAAAACAUCUGUACAGGGUAUGUGUUUCUACACAUUUUGUUCGACAUGAAUUAUUUUGAUGAUAAUAUUAUAAUAAAACGACAGUUUUAUUAUAAUGUACCAAUGAAUCAUAGCUUACACUAGGGUUAAAACAACAACAAAAUAGUGCAUUAAAAAUGUCGGGUUCGUAUCUUCGAGAUAUACCAUAUAUGUAAAUAAUGGAUUAUGAAAGAUAUAUUAGAUAUAUUAUUAGAGCGACAAUGUAAUUAUAUUGUGUAUAUCAGAGUAGAAUUUCAUGACAUGUAUAAUUGUGACAUUCCAAAAUGUAUUUGAUGUAAUAACUGGCGUGACCUCUGAUAUCUAGAAUGUGUGCAUAUAUAUAUAUAUAUAUACCGAUAAUUAAAUGCCGAAAGAGUUGCAGAGAUUGUGAAGCUGUAUAAUAACACGUUUCAAAAAUUGUCUGGCGCCUGACGUUGCCGAAAAUUUCAAUUUAAUGGAAAUAAUGAUAUCCUGUUGGUCAAAAGAGGUAUAUAUAUAUAUAUAUAUAUAAUGUUAGUGACGUGAAGAACUUCUAUACUCGGUGUUUAACAUGUACUAUGUGUGACAUUGAGAUAACAUUAUUUGCUUAAUAUAAUUACAGGUUUUAUUUACGUCGAUCCCGAUUCAUUGCGAAUACAUGUUUUUGUAAUACAUUUUUUAUUGCAUCAUAGAUAUAGUCAGAUGUGUGCAAUGCAAGCAGACGGGAUGUUUUCCUUUGAGGAUAUUUAUACGGUACCGAGAUUAUUACCGAAAUAUUAAUACCUCCGAGAUUACUACGUAGAUCGAAGCCUCUUAUAAAGGGGCACGUGAUUAACAGACCUUUGUAAAAUGAUAUUACCAUACUUAAGUCCGGUUCAGUCCACCUACUUCAAACUAACCAUGGUCUGAGCCAUAUAGCGAGUGGAGUAAAUUACCCCUCGGUACUAUACAUUGUCUGUGCUCGCAGAAAUAUCGGCUGACACUCACACACAUGGCGUUCCAGAAUGUGAAAUUGCUAUGAUGUGUAGUACGUCGUAGGUCGGCAAGGCACGGUAUGUGGUUGGUUACUGUUCCCGCGCACGUGUAGGGUUCACGGCUGGCUUCUUCCGAUAACCGAACAUUCCGAGAGAAGUUCCCCGCAUGUAUAGUGACAAGAACCGCACAUAGACACUUCCCGCCUGCCUCGUUGCGGGGAAAGAAUUUAAUCAAGUUACGCUAGAGGAAUUUCCUGUGAAAUAAAGCUCGAGAUGUUAUUGUAAGCGAAUUCUCACUGUAAAGUCGAUCGCGCUGGCAUGUUUGGAGCAUGUAGGAGGGAGAGUCGCGCGGAGUUUGGGAGACGUUCGGUAUCGGCGCACGGGCUGACAAUCCCACAGUCGUCUUUCUGCGAUUUACCGCCUUCUGCGAAUUACACCGCCUUCGUCCUUAAUCCCAAUCUGUAUAAUUUCGUUAGUGUACCUUGGGUGAGGAUGAAAGUCGUCUCGAUUUAUGAAAUGUCUGAUUGAUAGAAAUUUUGCUACAAGACAUAGGGAGAACAGCCGUCUCACGCGAUGUGAAGAUAUGAGAUUAAAGGCAGGAGAAUUUAGAGGAGCGUUAUUUAUUAAUGUCGAGAUCUACUGCGCUAAAUUUACUUGUAUCUAGCUAAUGUGACAGCCGGUUAUACCGCGGCGAGAUCAAUCUACGUAUACUUUGUUCUAACUGACAUAUGUGUACAGUCAUUGUACCUUGUCGUUUCAUUCCAUGAUUUCGACAAAUAAAGUGAUUUCAUGUAGAAAUACUCCA